AUGUACAGCCUCUUGCUUCAGCUCUUGUUGCUCCUGCCUCUGGGAAAAGCUGGGUGGCACAGGGUUGGUGGCAAGGGUCAGCGUUCUCUUUCCCUUGUGCUCCUAGACAGGAACCGGAGAGAACUCCCUUUGGGCAACCACGAGGAAGGUGAGGAGAAGCCAGAUCUCUUUGUGGCGGUGCCACAUCUAAUAGGUGCUGGCCUGGCAGGGGACAGCCAGAGGCAGAGAGAGAGGAUGCUGUCCAGGUUUGGAAGGUUCUGGAAGAAGACUGAGGAAGAGCUACACACAUCCAAGGACUCCGAUAGUGAGCACGUCCCACCUGGGACCCAGGCUCUCACCCAGCCAGCGGAUGGUAUGAAAAUGGAGAAAUCUCCUGUUCGGGAAGAAGCCAAGAAAUUCUGGCACCACUUCAUGUUCAGAAAAAGUCCAGCUUCUCAGGGGGUCAUCUUGCCCAUUAAAAGCCAUGAAAUACAUUGGGAGACCUGUCGGACUGUGCCCUUCAGCCAGACUAUUACCCAUGAAGACUGUGAAAAAGUGGUUGUCCAGAAUCAUCUUUGCUUUGGGAAAUGUGGAUCUGUUCAUUUUCCUGGAGCUGCGCAGCACUCUCAUAUCUUCUGCUCCCAUUGCUCACCCACCAAGUUCACUACGAUGCACUUGCCUCUGAACUGCACUAGCCUUGCCCCUGUGGUCAAGGUGGUGAUGCUGGUGGAGGAAUGCCAGUGCAAGGUGAAGACGGAGCAUGGAGAUGAACACCUCCUCCAGGCUGGCUUCCAGGAUUCCUUUAUCCCAGGAGUUUCAACAUAACAAACUAUCCCACUAUUACCUUUGAAAAGCAAAACCACAACAGCACAGGUGCUAAUUAUUCAAUCUGAAAAUGUUAAGUGGGUGCAUCAUAUUUUAAGAGAAGGUGGCUUAGAAAGUAGUUUUAAGGUAACAGGAUUUAGAAGAAACAGUAUUUGUCUAGUUACAGGUACACGUUUGGGAUCUAGUUUUGGCUGUGCCACUAAUAGUAAGUAGCAAAAACUUUCUCCAUCUAAAGGUUUUCAUUUAUGAAUGAGGGUCUUGACCUUGAUGAUUGCUAAAGUCUUCUACUACUACUAUCCCAAGUCCUACUUUCUCCAAGCCUUAUACCUAUAGAAAGAAAGGAGAUAAACUAGACCAUGAAAAUGUACUUUAUUAGCUUGUCAGAUAGUCGGUGAAAAAGAAAAAAAAAAAAGAAAGGAGAAGCUGGAGUACUUUUAAAACAAGAUUCUUUAUACUGGUAGCUGCCUUCACAUCGCUGUGUUUUGUUUGACU